AUGGAGCUUCAGCUUCUCCCAGAAACAGAUUCGUUUUCACAGGUGUUUUUGCGACCUACGUUUGCUGUGCCUUUUAGUGUGAUGACUUCGCUAACGCUUGCCGCAAACUACUUUAUGGAGAAGUCAAUUGUGGAAAACAGUAGCGCACCAGCAGUUCUCGCUACAGCGAAUUUUUUUGUGAACGUUUUUAGCUUUACACUCUUCAUAGCCGGCAUCACGUUUUCUAACAGCACCCAAAUUACGCGCUCCAUUGCUCUGGGUCAAAGCCCACCAAUGAAGCUGUCUGUAUUGCGCUCUUUGCCAUGGCCUCUGUCGGUGGUCUGCGGCAACCAGGGUGAUAGAAAGCUUGUACCGUUUGUUUUGUACUCUCUCAUUUUUCCCGGCACGCUGGUAGUUGUGUCACUGCACCUUAUCAGCCUUGGCAUAAAUGGGCUUGAUAAUGCCCUUUAUUGGCAACUGCCGCUGCAGCGAUACUUGGCCUGGACGAUGCUGUGGCGCCUCGUCGUCGCUGCUGGUGUGUUCACCACAAACUACCUAGCGGCGCAUAACCCUACGCAAUCUGUACUGAUCCCGAGCACGGACACAUACCCCCAGCCAUCCAAUGUUGGAAGGGAGCCCGAAUAG